AUGCGUAUUUUUUUUAUAGCGGUGGAAAAGAACACGCCUAGCCUGGUCAAGGCUAAGCAUGGGGCUGUUGCAACCGAGGAGAUCCAUUGUUCCGAGAUUGGUGUCCAAGUCCUAAGGGACGGCGGUAACGCCAUGGAUGCUGCGAUUGCCUCAUGUCUCUGCAUUGGAACCGUCAACAUGUUCUCCGCAGGCAUCGGUGGAGGCGGCUUCAUGACCGUCCGCCUGCCUAAUGGCACUGUCGAGGUCAUCGAUUUCCGCGAAACAGCCCCCGCAGAUGCCCAUCCUAACAUGUACAAAAAGGAUCCCAUUCUCGCCCAGAAGGGCGGUCUUUCCGUCGCCGUGCCCGGCGAGAUCCGCGGAUUAGAGUUAGCCCACAAGCGAUAUGGAAAGUUGUCCUGGAAGAGAUUGUUCGCACCUUCGGUCAAGAUGGCGAGAGAAGGGUGGGCUGUUGGUCCAGAACUAGCGAAGCGCCUGCAGAUCUACAAGAUGAUGAUGGAAACAGAGCCAGAUUGGGCAGCAGUAUUUGCACCGAAUGGGACGGUGCUGCGGGAGGGUCAGUGGAUCAAGCGCGGGGCGCUCGCAGAUACGUUGGAGAAGAUUGGAAAUCAGGGUGCGGAUGCGUUCUAUACGGGAGAGAUCGCGGAGAAUAUGGUCGAUUAUAUUCAGAAGAACGGCGGGAUUUUGACGAUAAAGGAUAUGGAGGCAUAUAAGCCAUUGAUCAAGAAACCGAUGGUCGGAUAUUAUCAGGGACGCAAGGUGUAUACAACUCCAGCACCGACUAGCGGACCAAUCUUGCUCAGUAUAUUGAAUAUUCUGGAGAGAUAUGAGUUGGGACGGUACAAGGAGAACGCCAAUAUUGAAGUCCAUCGUCUUGUCGAGGCCAUGAAGUUCGGAUACGCGCAAAGGACGGAGCUAGGCGACCCUGACUUUACAGAGAUGGAGGACACGAUCCUGAGCAUCAUCUCCAAGGACACUGCGGCCCAGGUCCGCGCCAACAUCUCAGAUGCCCAGACCUUCCCCGUUGAGUACUACAACCCACACUGGGGUCCGAUUGAUAAUCAUGGUACGACACACAUGUCGACAGUGGAUCAAGAUGAUAUGGCUGUGGCGCUGACCUCGACCGUGAACCUGGUCUUUGGCUCGAAGUUGUUGGAUCCCAAAACGGGUAUUAUUCUGAACGACGAGAUGGAUGACUUUUCAAUUCCGGGCACGCCUAAUGCAUUUGGGUUGUAUCCUUCGCCGUAUAAUUACCCGGAGCCUGGAAAGCGGCCAUUGUCGUCGUGUGUGCCGACGAUUGUUGAGAGGGAUGGGAAGUUUGAACUGGCGCUCGGCGGGAGCGGCGGGUCUCGUAUUCUUACGUCUGUGCUCCAGACUAUGCUGAAUAUGUAUAAUCACAGAUACAAUGUGAUGGAGGCGGUCGAGGCACCGAGGGUGCACCAUCAACUGAUGCCGAAUGUGGUCGAUAUUGAGUCCGGCUACUCUUCCUCGGACAUCAAGUUCUUGUCAACACGCGGCCACAACGUUACAGUUUCCGAUAUUCUGUUGGCCAAGGCUGAGGUGCAGGCUGUAAUGCGUGCCGAGGACAAGUUGAUCUAUGCGGCCAGUGACUCGAGGAAGCAUGGCAUUGCUGCGGGAUACUAA